CCCAGUUGUGUUGUGAACCAGUGGGCAGGCCAAGGCCCAGACAUAUCAUGGAAGGAAACCUAGGGUUCCUCCCCCAUUCUGCCGACUGUGCUUUCCAGUGAAGCGCCGUUGGUCUCUCAGCCGAAGGCAGUUAUCCCCGUCGUACUCGCCGCUACGUCGCCCCUCUCGCCGCCUCGCCGUCUCAGAGACAGAGAGAGAGAGAGGUUUCUUCUUCUUCUUCUUCUUCUUCAAUCCGUCCACUCUGUACAUUGCUGCCGAAUUUUGACAAGUUUCUGAACCAAAAGAGGGGUUUUUAUUUCUUAAUUUUGGAAGAUGAUGCGAAUACUUGAUGUGAAGAGAUUGAAAUCUCUGAACCCAUCGGUGGAGGUUUUGAGCCAGCAAUUUACUCAGAGAUGCUCUGUAAGUGGAACUGCAAAAGGUAAAGGCAAGCUCAAAGCGGCGCAGCCGCUGAAGCGAUCGAAGGUUUCUAUCAAAAAGGGGAAACUCGGAGAGAGUGCCGAGAAAGGCGGAGGCGGCAGACAAAAAGAUGUUUUUGAGAAGAUGAUUGACGAUUGCCUGGAUGCUACUGCACCUGUCCGGUAUUUGAAUCCUAAAGAGAGGGAGCGGGAAGCCAUGCGAGAGAAGAUGGGGCUAAUUAGCAAAGCCCGGGCCAAAGAGAUCGAAAUGCUGAAAAAGAAGAACAGAGAUUUUGAUUCACCUAUGAUGAUUGGCACGCCCGGUUUGGAUCUGAUCACAUUGGGUGUGGUUGAUGCUGAUGCCAUUCCGAAGUAUGACUUGACGGUUGAAGAUGGUCGGCAGUUGGCAAAGGAGUACAGUAGGGUUCUGAUGAGGAAGCACCGAGCAAGGCAGGCGGCAGAGUCAACGUUGUUGAGGUUGAAGAAGGAGGCAAUUGAGGCACUGCCUGAGCAUUUGAAAGCUGCAGCUUUGGUUCCCGAUCUGACUCCUUUCCCGGCAAAUCGAUUUAUGGCAACUUUGACACCUCCUAUUGAAGGGUACAUUGAGAAGGUCAAAGAGGCUGCACAGAAGAGUACUGUGAAGGAGAAGCUCAGAUAGUGAGAGUGUUGUUAAAGGCGUGCCUAGGCGCAAGGCCCCUCAAGGCGCAACUAUCUCGCCUUGCCAUGCCCAGGCGAGGCGAGAUCCAGCCAGGCGCACAUCCAUCAGGCGCAGCUGAUUUUUCAGCAUGUUUUAUUUUUUAAACAUUUUUCUGUUAAAACUUAAAGAGAAAGAAAAUAAUAAUUUGUUGUCUUUUAGUACAUUUUUAGUACUAUUUUGUUGUCUUUUAAUUAUAUAUGUCAAAUACUAAUUUUGUUUUUUAUU